GGCCUAGGGUUUCGCCCCCUACGGAUGCUUUGCCGGAAACGGCAACCUGACGCCGCACCCUUGCGCCCACCGGCUACUUCCCUGAGCCGCCGCUGCUCCGCCUCAUCCCACCACCACCACCUCCACCGCUAGGCUCUGGCUGGUAGCCCCGUGCUGCCCCCAACUUUCCCCUCGUUAUUUAAUCCCCGCUCCGAUCCGUCUCGCCUCCGCUCCCCUCUCAAGCUCCCUCCCCGUCUCUCGAGUGUAUCUCUCGCUUUUUGCUUUGCCUUUGCUAGCUGCUGCUUCGGUGAGGUCGGCGAUCUGGCGGCGGUGGCGGGGGCGGAGGGCUCGGGGGCCGCGAGGAAGGCGGGGGCGCCGGCCAUGGGGCGGGGCCGGGUGGAGCUGAAGCGGAUCGAGAACAAGAUCAACCGCCAGGUCACCUUCGCCAAGCGCCGCAACGGCCUGCUCAAGAAGGCGUACGAGCUCUCCGUGCUCUGCGACGCCGAGGUCGCGCUCAUCAUCUUCUCCAACCGCGGCAAGCUCUACGAGUUCUGCAGCACGCAGAGCAUGCCAAAGACACUUGAAAAGUAUCAGAAGUGCAGUUAUGCAGGACCUGAAACAGCACUGCAAAAUAGAGAGAGUGAGCAAUUGAAAAGGAGCCGUAAUGAGUACCUAAAAUUGAAGGCACGUGUUGAAAACUUACAGCGAACUCAAAGGAAUUUGCUUGGCGAAGAUCUUGAUACAUUAGACAUUAAGGAGCUGGAGCGCCUCGAGAAGUAACUUGACUCAUCCUUGAAGCACAUAAGAUCAACAAGGACACAACACAUGGUCGAUCAACUGACAGAACUUCAGAGAAAGGAAAAAAUGUUUUCUGAAGCAAAUAAAUGUCUUCGUAGAAAACUGGAGGAGAGCAACCAGGUUAUCUGGCAGCAAGCGUGGGAGCACGGAGAGCCACAACAAGAAGUGCAGCAUCAGCUGCAUGGCGGCAAUGGAUUCUUCCAUCCCCUCGACGCUGCUCAUGGUGAACCCACCCUUCAGAUAGGGUACCCUUCUGAGGCACUGCCUAGCUCGUGCAUGACCACCUCAUUCCUACCCCCAUGGCUGCCAUGAGAUCACACUACUGUGUGAUUCUGAAAUAAUAAAGAUGCGGCAGAGCCGCCCAUGGCGCUGGCCAUAUGUUGUGCUUCGAGUGAUAGAUUCCACUUCAAGAUUCUUGCGUGGCUUGUAUGUGUGUAACAUUUGUGAUGAGAGCUUGUUGGAGACUAUCCAUUUGAUUCUCGACUAAUGUAUUGGGUUUGGGUAUUACAGUAUUGUGACUGCUUUGCCUCCACUGUACUGUUGUAGCUUGUGUUAUUUGAAUUAAUGGUGUGGGCUUGUAGCCGCACUACAUUUAUGUUGUAAUCGUGACGACCUUUUGCCUAAAUAACCAAUGUCUAUAGAAAUUGGCUGCACUAUAGCUA